GAAUUGGGUGCAAAUGUUUGUUUUUGUUCUGCGAUAGCGAAAAAUCGUGAUGAAAAAAUCAUUUUUUAUACAAUAAAAUCGCUAAAUUAAUUAAAUUAGAUUGUAAAUAUUGAUUAGCCGUGUUGAAUGGCUUACACAUGGGGUGAUAAUGUUCACACAACAGCAUUCACACCGCGGGACUAUCAAGUGGAAUUGCUGGCGGCAGCUUUUGAGAAGAACACCAUUGUUUGCAUUGAGCAAAACUCCUCAAAAGAGUUCAUUGCACUGAAACUCAUUCAUGAGUUGGGCAGUUGUUUGCGGCAGGACAACCCAAAGGCCACGGUGUACCUAUCCCAUGAGAGAAAUGGAGUUUCCACCUUUAACUUUAUCUACCACCUCACGGAUUUGGUGCCUCUCAACUACUGCACGGAUCCGGAAGAGGAGAUUGCAUGCAAUGGGGAAAAUCUCCUUGGGAAGGUCAUCAUUAUAAACCCGGAAAAAUUCCUGCAUCUUCUGCAGAUGGAAGUGUUGCAUAUUGAUCAAAUUAAUUUGAUUGUCGUGGAAAAUUGUCACAAAUUGAAUUUUGCACAGGAGAUUCAGAAGAUCUUCUCCCAUUUCUAUCAAAAUGCCCUGAAGCGACCGAAGAUAUUGGGUCUAGCAGGACCCUUUCACAAUGCUCGAUGCCCCAUGGGGCGCCUGAGUGCAGAAAUAGAGUAUCUGGAGAGGUUUGUGCACUGCAAAACGGAAACAGCCAGCGAUAUUGUGACUCUCCUGCGUUACUGCACCAAACCCCAUGAAAUGGUUGUUCAGUGUGCCCCUCUGUUGUGCGAUGAAUUCACCUUAUUUCUCGCUCAACUUGUGCAAUCUAAGAUAGACUACCUGGCAGAUCAUCGCUUCGAUCCCACAGAAAUCUACAGUGAUGAAUACUACGACGAAUUAAAGAACAUUCCCGACCCAAAAGCUGAGCCAAUAACCUUCCUGAGCGAUUUUCUGCAAGUGCUGAAAGAGUUCGGUCCGUGGUGUGCUGACCGCGCUGCCCUGGCUCUCCUCAUUCAAAUUGAGAAGAGCAAAGUUAAGACACCGUAUGAAAGACACUUCCUCCUGCUCUGCAUGACAUCGACGACAUUUGUUCAAGUUCGCGCAUACUGUGAUAGCUUCUUCAGUCAAUUAUCCUCAGAGAAGGACCGUAUUAGCCAGUACUCAUCGCCCAAGGUGUUGAGACUUCUCAGUAUUUUGAGCUGUUUCAAACCCGACCCCAAGCAAGUGGGGAAGGUUGAGCAGAAGGCACACACAGCAGGUGGAGAGAAAAAUGCUAAUCCUUCUGAGAAUGGGAAUUUCAGUUCGAGUCAACUCACCGGGGAAAUUGAUUCGCUUGACUUCAAAGGCCUAGCACUUGCGAGUGAUCAAAUAGAGGAGCAUGUAAAUGGUUUAAUUGAAAUGCAGGAAUCAGUAAAGCUAAAGGAUACCCUGAGGAAUAUAACGGAGAAGACUCUGGACAUGCAGCCAGUUGCUGCAAAUUCCCCCAUGAAGAGCGAAGGGAGAACAACGAGGGUACGCCGUAGGAAUUUAAUGUCCCAAAAUCGUCAAAAUCGUGCUAUAAAUAAUCAAUUAAUGGACCCAGAUGCGCUGUGUGGGCUCAUCUUCUGUGACACGGAAUUCACGGCAAAAGUCCUCUUUUCACUCCUCUAUGAAAUUUCAAAGUCAGACAGUGAACUCAAUUAUCUCUCGGUGCAGUACAUUGUGGAUAAGGUGGCUGAUCCCAUGAAGGAGGUGAAACAAGCUGAAAAUGAGCACAGGAAACAGGAAGAGGUGCUAAAGCGAUUUCGUAUGCAUGAAUGCAAUUUACUUAUAGGCACGGCAAUUCUCGAGAAGGAGAUUGAUUUGCCAAAAUGCAAUUUAGUCAUUCGUUGGAAUCCACCAAAGACCUACCGUAGCUAUGUGCAGUGCAAAGGACGUGCAAGAGCUCCCAAUGCUCAUCACAUUAUUAUGAUUGGUUCCGAUGCAAAUCUCAAAGAGAAAGAUAAACAGCUUGAGGACUCAUCGGAUGCGGCAGCAGAAACGGAGGAAAGCCCAACAGACAAUGCCGCAUCAGAGGGAGAGAAUUUGAUGGAGAUGACAGCAAAUACAGCUGGGAUUGUGAAGCAAUUUGCAGAAUAUGCUGAAAUGGAGAAGAUGCUCCUCAGCAAUUGUGCAAACAAUGAACCAGGUCAGAGUGAAUUGUUGCUGUCGGAUAGAUACACCCAAUGUAUUGUGCCGUACAAGCCACUUGCUGCAUUCGAUGCUCCAUCGGUGAAUCUCUCAACAGCUGUUGCCCUUGUAAAUAAAUACUGUGCCAAAUUGCCCAGUGAUACAUUCACGAAGCUCACCCCCAUUUGGCGGUAUGAGAAGGCAUACCGAAGGGGGAUACCGCUCUACAAGUGCUCACUCAGGCUACCAAUUAAUUCACCAUUGAAGUGUGACAUCAACGGAUACCUCAUGCCAUCACGAGCACUCGCAAGGCGUCUAACAGCACUAAUUGCGUGUCGUUUGCUCCACAUAUGCGGGGAACUCGAUGACAAUCUCCAACCAAUCGGGAAGGAGGGGUAUCGUGCCUUUGAACCCGACUGGGAGAACUUUGAGCUGGAAUCGAGCGAUGAAAUGUUGAUUAAUGACAACCUAGAACCACGUCCCGGUACAACGAAACGAAGGCAGUACUACUACAAAAGGGUGGCCUCUGCACUGUCGGGUUGUCGUCCCAUUGUGAAUGAACAUUGCUUCUUCUACUACAUUCAAAUGAUACUUAAAUGCCCCAUACCUGAGGAGCAGAAUACGCGUGGGCGUAAAAUUUAUCCACCUGAAGAGUCCCUUCAGGGUUUUGGGAUAUUAACACUGAAGAAAAUACCCCAAAUUAGCGCAUUUCCCAUUUUCACGCGUUCAGGCGAAGUGGAAGUCUCCCUGCGACUCAUUUCCUCGGACGUUGUUCUCAAUGAGACGAAUGUGGCGCAUAUAAAUACCUUCAUUAACUACACAUUUACAAAUGUGCUGAGAUUGCAAAAGUAUCUCAUGCUCUUUGAUCCAGAUGCCAAUGAGAAUUGCUAUUUUGUCGUACCGACUGUUGUUCAGGACAAUGGCCACAUUGCUGUUGAUUGGGAAUUUUUGCGCCUCAUUAAUGCCAAUGCGGACGUCCUACCACAAGCUGUACCCGAAGAGGAAAGGGCAACCCAAGUGUUUGAUGCGAAUAAAUUUAAGGACGCCGUCGUGAUGCCGUGGUAUAGGAAUCAGGAUCAACCGCAGUAUUUCUACGUGGCUGAAAUAUGUUUUCACUUGUCGCCAGAGAGUAGCUUUCCGGGGGAGAAUUACAGCACAUUCCGUGAAUACUAUUUCCGCAAAUACGGUAUUCUCGUGCAGAAUUGCAAACAACCCCUCCUGGAUGUGGAUCAUACGAGUGCUCGGUUGAACUUCCUCACACCACGGUACGUCAAUAGGAAAGGUGUGGCCCUACCGACGAGUUCGGAGGAGACAAAGAGGGCCAAGCGCGAGAAUUUGGAGCAAAAGCAAAUUCUCGUGCCUGAACUCUGUACCAUUCAUCCAUUUUCGGCAUCACUGUGGCGUGCGGCUGUUUGUCUGCCGUGCAUUCUGUACAGAUUCAAUGCUCUCCUACUGGCUGAUGAGAUUCGGUGUCAAGUAUCCCAGGAUUUGGGACUUGGGCGUGUGACGAAUGAGGAGGAUUUUGAAUGGCCUUCCCUUGAUUUUGGAUGGAGUUUAGCGGAAGUGUUGAGGAAAUCACGAGAGGUAGCCAAGAGUGAAACAACUCCGUGCAAGGAUGAGAAACGCGAGGAGAGCGAUGAGCGCAUAGAGGAACCACAGCAGCAAGAGAAGAAGAAAAAGCAAAAGUUGAAUAAGAAACUCAAUGGGAUAAAUGAGGAUGACGAUGAGAACACAGAAGAUGAAGAUGAUGAGGAAGGAAAUGAGUAUGAAAAUGAUCUCUUGGAGAUUGGAACAUGGUCCAAUGAUAUGGCAAAUAAUGUUCAAAUAAGCUUCGAUGGUCUCACAGAUGAUCACUGGGCUAUUUCCAAUCCAAACCAAAUUCGCUACGGUUCACCCACAUCUUGGAAUGUACCGAAUCAAACUGGCAAUAAUAUGUUCGAUCCAACAUACUACGAAACGGAUUCCGAAGAUUCUCUCCAAUCGGACCAUGAUGAUGCUGAAAGUGUGAAGAGUGAGGGGAAGAUGCGAAUAGAAUUUAAGUCAGAUAAUCUGGCGGAAGCAAUUGAGACGGAGGAAGAGAUGUUGAAGCGUCAGAAGAAAUUAGCAAUAAUCAAUGAUAUGAUUUUGGAUGGACAAGCAACGGGAUCAGGGGAGAAUGAUUUCAAUAAUCUCCAAACUCUCUCGGAGAUUGACUUGAAAUGUUCCAUUGAGGAAUGCGAGAGACAGUUCGAACUAUCUGUGAGGGAGAAUAUUGAGAAAAUUGAAAAAUCCGGCAUGUUAUUGAAGCAUAACGAAGAAGUUUUUAUUGUUAGAAAAAAGGAUGCAACGAAGGAAAUUAAUACAAAUAUCUCCGUGGGAUUGUUAAAGGAAUUUUUGCCUUAUGCAAAGGAGCAGGAUUGCGAGAAUUUUAAUGACAAAGGAGGGAUAACUCUUGAUGAUUUACAAGCAAUAAAUGAUGCCUAUAUUAGGGAAAAUGGUGCAGAUAAGAUGGAGAAUCUAAGUUCAGGAUAUCUAUUUGAUAGAUUCAUCGUAAAUCCGGGUGAUACGUCUGAAGAAGAUUUCAUAAGGAAUCGUUUGCAAAAGCGUCAACAAAAAUCAUCCCUAACCAUUGAGGAGUUAACAAAGAACUACGAAGAGAUGGAAAACGACGACGAGAAGCCCGAAAUGUUUAGUUUUGAUUACCAACCUAGCUUGAAAGGUCAUCCAGGACCUAGUCCCAGUAUAAUCCUACAAGCACUCACCAUGUCUAAUGCCAAUGAUGGAAUUAAUCUUGAGAGAUUAGAAACAAUUGGAGAUUCUUUCUUGAAAUAUGCCAUCACGACGUAUCUCUACUGUACGUAUGAGGAUGUUCACGAAGGGAAACUCAGUCACUUGCGUUCUAAGCAAGUAAGCAAUUUGAAUUUGUACCGUCUAGGACGGCGAAAGAUGCUGGGAGAAAGCAUGAUCUCAACUAAAUUUGAACCGCAUGAUAAUUGGCUUCCACCAUGCUACUACAUCCCGAAGGAACUGGAGAAGGCCCUAAUUGAAGCUCGUAUACCAGCUUGCCAUUGGAAUCUAGCUGAUUUACCAAAUCUCAAGGAAUUGAGCAGUCAGGAGAUUUGCAAUCUAAUCCGGGAUCGUGCAGUUGCGCUGGGACUUUUGGAGAAGGAAGACAAGGAAGAUGUUGAUUUGGACACAAGUUUGAAUUUUGAUAAUUUCCCCUGCUUCAUCCCGUACAAUCUCGUUACUCAGCACAGUAUUCCGGAUAAAUCAGUUGCAGAUUGCGUAGAAGCCCUCAUUGGGGCGUAUUUGAUUGAAUGUGGUCCACGUGGGGCGCUACUGUUCAUGGCUUGGGUGGGAAUUCGUGUCUUGCCAUGCUUUGAAAUUCCAUUCCCGAAAAAUCUGGAACGUUUGCCCGGAACAUCGCACGCCCAUCUAAACGCCGCAGCCACGACAACAGUCUACGGAUGGUGGAGCCCACCUAAAUCACCCCUCCUGCAUCACUAUCCGGAGCCUGAGAAGAUGCUAAUGAAACUCCUUGAUGGAUUUGAUAAGUUCGAAGAGACAAUCGGCUAUGAAUUUCGCGAUAAAUCCUACCUACUUCAGGCUAUGACGCAUGCUUCCUAUUCCCCCAAUCGUCUCACGGAUUGCUAUCAACGUUUGGAAUUUCUGGGUGAUGCCGUUCUGGAUUAUCUCAUUACGAGGCACCUGUAUGAGGAUCCACGUCAACACUCCCCAGGAGCACUGACAGAUUUACGAUCUGCCUUGGUUAACAACACUAUUUUUGCCUCAUUGGCCGUUAGACAUGGUUUCCACAAGUACUUUAGGCACCUUUCCCCGGGACUUAAUGAAGUUAUCGACAGAUUUGUGAGGUUCCAGCAUGAAAAUGGGCAUAGUAUUAGCGAAGAGUAUUACCUAAUCUCUGAGGAUGAAUGCGAUGAAGCUGAGGAUGUGGAAGUCCCCAAAGCUCUUGGGGAUGUCUUUGAAUCUGUUGCAGGUGCAAUAUUUCUCGAUUCAGGGAUGUCUUUGGAUGCCGUUUGGAAAGUCUACAGCAAUAUGAUGCGCCCAGAAAUUGAGCAGUUUAGUAAUUCGGUGCCAAAGUCCCCCAUAAGGGAGCUCCUGGAACUUGAACCCGAAACAGCUAAAUUCAGCAAACCUGAAAAGCUCGCUGAUGGUCGAAGGGUACGAGUUAUGGUGGAAGUUUUCGGGAAGGGCACCUUCCGGGGUAUUGGCCGGAAUUAUCGUAUAGCCAAAUGCACGGCAGCCAAGUGCGCCCUCCGGCAACUUAAGAAGCAGGGACUCAUUGGCAAGAAACACUGAUUGUGGGACAACAAAGAAUUUCCAACAGAUUUAGAGGAAUAGCACGUAUUUAUGCGAUAGUGAAUAAACAUUAUUACAUUCUUUA